CUUGUUCACAUCGACGCGUCACUCCCUCUGUUUCACGUGCCAUAAUAUAGAAAAUUGUUCUGCAAGUUGUUCUAUCAGCUCUCAAGAGGAAUGGAACUUGGGUCGAAGUCGUUCUAUGGUCGGAGAAGACACGAUGUCGUGAUUGAAGAUAUACCUUCAGACGAUGAAUCCGGAGAAUCUACCACGGAUGACGAAACCGAGAUAGAAGAAGGUGAUGCGGAACCAUCUGAGUCGGAAAGCUCGCAGGACUCUGACGAUGACCUCAUGGCGUGCACCACACCAACAAGUUCAUCGGCAAAGCGUUGGGUAAAAAAAGACUACAGGCCACAACUAAACGCAUGUGCUGAGGCAUCUGGCGUGCAAGACAGCUUGAAAAUUGAUGCUCAAGACAAGCGGCCGGCGGACGUCUUCCUGGAAUUAGUUCCUGAAGACUUCAUUGAGGACAUUGUCUUUCAGACGAACCUUUACGCAACGCAGACGGGGAAAGCUUUUUCCCCAACUAAUAAAGAAGAGAUAAAAACAUUUCUGGCCAUCAACAUGCUUAUGGGCAUAAAGAAGCUACCAAGCUACAGGGACUUCUGGUCAAGCCGCGAAUGCCUGAGAGACCCGUUUGUCUCACGGCAGAUGUCUAUGCGUCGGUUCGGGGCACUCUUGACGAGCAUCCACCUCAACGACAAUGCUGUUGCUCCUAACCGUGGAUCCCCGGGCUUCGACAAGCUCUACAAGGUGCGUCCACUGCUUGAUAAACUGGCGCAAACGUUUUUCACGAAUUAUUUUCCCUCCCAAAACCAGAGUAUCGACGAGUCUAUGAUUCGCUUCAAAGGGAGGUCUGCGCUGAAGCAAUAUAUGCCCAUGAAGCCCAUCAAGCGUGGCUACAAGGUGUGGACCCGUGCUGACGAGACGGGUUAUGUCUGCCAGUUCCAAAUCUAUGCGGGUAAGGCAGACAACCAAAGCAGCGAGCAAGGUCUAGGCGAGCGAGUUGUACGAGACCUCACCGAAUGCCUCAAAGGAAAAAACUAUCACGUCUAUUUCGAUAAUUAUUUCUCAUCCGUACCUCUGGUCGAACAUCUCACAAGCGUUCAGAUCUAUGCUACAGGAACUGUGCGAGCUAAUCGCAAGCAACUGCCCCAGCUCUGUACAGAUGCCGGUCUCAAAAGAGGGGACGUCGAUUGGAGGAUGUGUCCUGAUGACAAAAUGCUCGUUCUCAAGUGGAAAGACAAGAGAUGUGUCACAAUGAUAUCCAAUGCUCACACGCCUUCCGAAAUUAAAACCGUGAAGAGGAGGCUAAAAGACGGAGCUCAUGAAGACGUUCCCUGUCCACAAGUCAUCAUCGACUACAACCAACACAUGGGCUACGUCGAUAAGGCAGAUAUGCUGAAAUCGUAUUAUGAAGUGGAUCGCAAAAGUAAAAAAUGGUGGCAUAGAAUUUUUUUUCAUUUCAUGGAUGUGAGUGUUGUGAAUGCCCAUAUUUUGUUCAAGCAAAUUAUGGCGGGGGAGCGUGUUCCGCCGUUGAAAGAAUUCAAACUGCAGGUCGCGGAAGGACUCAUGGGUGCUCCAGACCUCAACCCGCAUAAAAAGCGAAAAGUCGAACUCCCUUCCUACAAGCCACACGUGCCACAAGACAUACGCUACAACAAGGUUAGCCAUCUCCCCAUCCACUCGACGUCGAGAAGGUGUGCGUUAUGCAGCACAAAAGAUAAUCCGUGCCGCACACGAUGGAUGUGCGAAGUGUGCAACGUUGGCCUUUGCCUGCAGGGAACCCGAAACUGCUUUCUUGGUUUCCAUCGAAAGUGAGGAACGGAAGUCUUUUCUCACUGAAACAACUAAGAACUACCGUUGUCAUAUAACAUGUUUUGUGUUUCUAAAGAGAGCUUCAC